AUGGCAGACGAAAAGAAGCAGUUGGCCGCCGCUACCAGUCAGCAAGACGGAUACUAUAAUCUCGGAGCCUAUCACCGUCCCAUUAGCACGAGCAGCCAGGGUGCUCAGGUAUGGUUUGACCGCGGGCUGAUAUGGAGCUUUGCUUUUAACCAUGACGAAGCAGCAGCGUGCUUCCAACGAGCUAUCGAUGAAGACCCUGACUGUGCCAUGGCACACUGGGGACUUGCGUACGCUUCUGGGCCCAAUUAUAACAUGCCGUGGGCAUUUUUCAAUGCUGAACAGCUGGGGUAUGUGGUGACCAAAACCCACGACGCUGCUAGAAAGGCAGAAGAGAAGGCACAGACGCCAAGUGUAUCAGCAGUUGAGAAGGCCUUAACCAAGGCUUUGAUACAUCGAUAUCCCCAAGACUAUCCCGUGGAAGAUUGUGCAAUAUGGAACAAAGGAUAUGCUGAUGCGAUGAAGUUGGUAUAUCAAGCAUUUCCUGACGACCUGGACGUUGCGAUGCUCUACGUAGAUGCAUUGAUGAAUCUGACUCCAUGGAAACUAUGGGACUUGGUGACUGGAAAUCCAGCAAAGGGAGCGCACACUCUGGAAGCCAAAGAUAUCCUCGAUCGUGCCUUGGCACAAGAAGGCGGGCUUUCUCACCCUGGGCUCCUUCACCUUUACAUCCAUCUCCUAGAGAUGUCUCCUUCACCAGAAUCGGCAUUACCGGCAGCUAACCGUUUAAGAGGGCUCGUUCCUGACUCUGGACACUUGAACCAUAUGCCAUCCCAUAUUGAUAUCUUGUGCGGUGAUUACCAAGGUGCAGUCACAUCAAACUCAGAUGCGGUUAUUGCCGAUGAGAAGUACGUUGCUCAACAUGGAAAGAUGAAUUUCUACACCCUCUAUAGGUGCCACAACUACCACUUUAAGGUGUAUGCAGCCAUGUUCUCAGGACAGUCAAAAAUUGCGGUUGAUACUGUUAAGCAGAUGGAGGCAACUAUACCUGACCAGCUAAUACGAGAAUCUACCGAGAUGGCGAAUCUUCUGGAAUCCUUCGUUGCUAUGCGGGUACACGUCAUGAUCCGCUUUGGAAUAUGGGAUGAGAUCCUCGCUCUUGAGCUACCAGAAGACCAGUACUUAUACUGCGUGACUACGGCAAUGAGGCUGUAUGGAAAGGGAGUGGCAUAUGCCGCGACUGGAAGAAUUGAUCAGGCACGAGAGGCUCGUGAAGCUUUCCGAAGCGCAGUAAAACGAGUGCUGCCCACUCGCACGGUAUUCAAUAAUAGCUGCGCUGACAUCCUGGCCAUUGCCUCUGCAAUGCUAGACGGCGAGCUAGAAUAUCGCCUCGGACACUACGAUACUGCAUUUGAACACCUACGCCAUUCCAUAAAGCUAUAUGAUUCUCUGCACUAUGAUGAGCCAUGGGGUUGGAUGCAACCGGUUCGACAUGCAUAUGGUGCUCUUUUGCUUGAACGGGGUCAUGUUCAGGAGGCGGCCGCAGCGUACCGUGCGGAUUUGGGCCUUGAUAACACCGUGCCUCGAGCACUGCAACAUCCGAAUAAUGUCUGGGCAUUACAUGGGUAUCAUGAAUGCCUGGAAGCUCUAGGAAGGGCAGAUGAAGCGGCAAAGGUUGCGCAACAGCUUGCUACCGCAGUUGCCUUGGCGGAUGUGCCAAUCCGGUCAUCUUGCUUCUGUCGACUGCGGACUGUUGCCAGAAUGUAA